UGCAGGUCGGCAGCUACUUUAAAAGGCGGGGAGAGCAUGUCGCUCCUUCCAUUUCUCAACCACCCCCUGUCAGCUUUGUCGUAAUUCCUCAUUCCAAAUAACUUGAACUUCUCUCAAUUCCUCGAAAUUCUCCGAGAAACAAUACCCAGACAACAUGAAGUUCACUCAGUUCACUCUGGCUGCGGCCGCUCUGCUGGUUACUGUCUCUGCGCAGGGCCUGGAUGCGCUGCCUGACUGCUCGAAAUCUUGCGCUACUAGCUCCAUCCCCGCCAGCUGUGGCCUCAAUGUUCAGUGUAUUUGCGCCGACAAGUCGUUCCUCAGCAACAUUGCCUGCUGUGUGGCUGACAAGUGCUCCCAGGCCGAUCAGGAGACUACUCUCCAGGUUGCCAAGGGCAUCUGCUCUCGCGGCGGUGUGACCGACCUGCCCAGCACCAUCUCCUGCGCCUCCUCCGCGGGUUCCUCCUCGGGCUCUGUCGCUGCUACCGGCACUUCUUCCGGAACCUCGACCGGCAGCUCUACUCAGACCACUACUGGCAGCUCGCAGGCCACUGGCACUAACACCACCCUGUCUGGCUCUGUUUCUGCCACCAAGACUGGUGCUUCCACCACUGGCACGGGCGCUUCGAGUGCUUCCUCGUCUGCCUCCAAGUCUGCCUCGUCUGCGGCUGCUACCACUGGCGCUGCUGUUCUCGGCCAGACCCGAGACUCCUCCCUGAUGGCUGCUGCUGGUGCUGCUGCCGCCUUUGCCAUCUUCGUCUAG